AUGUUAAAUUCAAAAUUUCCAAAAGAUGUUAAUAUUAAUUUAUCUCGUCUGAUUAAUGUUUUAGGUGAAGGUCAUUUUGGAAAAUUUAUUAUGUAUGGUAUAUUAGUGCGAGAUGAAGUUGAAUUAAUAAAUCUUAGUGAACAUAUAUUUUUCAUAAAACUUUAUCCGUAUUUUCACACUGAUGAUCAUAUUAUAUUUGUAAUGGAAUAUUUAUGUAAUGGUGAUCUAAUGACACAUAUUCAUGAAGAUGACUUUAGUGAACAACGUUCAUGUUUUUAUAUUGCUUGUUUUAUACUUAAUUUAGAAUUUUUAUAUUCAAAUAAAAUCAUUUAUCGAGGUCUUAAACUUGAUAAUUUACUUUUAGAUCAAUAA